UCUGACAGUCUGCAGGUGCGGGAUGAAGAUGAUGUGAGGAUCCGCCGGUCGAACCGAUUCACCGGACAGACUGGUGAAUAUUAGCUAUUAAUCAGACUAUCAUCUUGACAGAUUAUGAUGGAGCGUCGUCGCAGAUCCUCAGCCGGUACCGGAGGCUCUCCGCCCGGGAUCAGCCGCUCCAGCGCCGCGGGUGGAGGUGGAAGAAAAGGCGGAUUAUCUCAGCCGGCUGGAUGGCGCUGUCUGCUGUCCUUCACCAUCCUGUUCCUGGCGUGUGUGUGUGGAUUCAUCUCCAGACUGUUCGCGGUGAUCCGCUUCGAGAGCCUCAUUCAUGAGUUUGAUCCGUGGUUUAACUACAGAUCCACCCAUCAUCUGACCACCAACGGUUUCUACGAGUUCCUCAACUGGUUCGAUGAGAGAGCCUGGUAUCCUCUGGGGCGAAUCGUUGGAGGAACAGUCUAUCCUGGUCUGAUGGUGACUGCAGGUCUGAUUCACUACAUCUUGAACCUCGUCCACCUGACCGUCCACAUCCGGGACGUCUGCGUGUUCCUGGCACCCGUCUUCAGCGCUCUGACGGCCGUGGCCACCUUCCUGCUGACACGUGAGCUGUGGAAUCAGGGGGCGGGGCUUCUGUCCGCCUGCUUCAUGGCCAUCGUGCCCGGAUACAUCUCACGCUCGGUGGCUGGAUCCUUCGAUAACGAGGCCAUCGCCAUUUUCGCCCUGCAGUUCACCUACUUCCUGUGGGUGAAGUCAAUUAAAACUGGAUCAGUGUUCUGGACCGUCGGAUGUUGCCUCUCGUACUUCUACAUGGUGUCGGCGUGGGGCGGUUACGUCUUCAUCAUUAAUCUGAUUCCUCUUCACGUGUUCGUUCUGCUGUUGAUGCGCCGCUUCAGUAAGAGAGUUUACAUCGCGUACAGCGCGUUCUACAUCAUUGGUCUGAUUCUGUCUAUGCAGAUUCCUUUCGUUGGGUUUCAGCCAAUCAGAACCAGCGAACACAUGGCAGCAGCUGGUGUGUUCGUGCUCGUGCAGCUCUACUCGUUCCUGCAGUUCCUGCGGGACAGACUGACGCGGCAGGACAAACAGACUCUGUUUUCUGUCUGCGUUUGUGUCGCUGCGCUGCUGCUGUUUGUGUGUGUUGUUUACCUCAGCUGCAUCGGUUGGAUCGCUCCGUGGAGCGGACGCUUUUAUUCACUCUGGGACACGGGCUAUGCUAAGAUUCAUAUUCCGAUCAUCGCAUCGGUGUCGGAGCACCAGCCGACCACCUGGGUUUCCUUCUUCUUUGAUCUUCACAUCCUGGUCUGCACCUUCCCAGCAGGCCUGUGGUUCUGCAUCAGAAACAUCAACGCCGAGCGCGUGUUCGUGGUUCUGUAUGGCAUCAGCGCGGUGUAUUUCGCCGGUGUGAUGGUGCGGCUCAUGCUGACUCUGACGCCUGUGGUGUGCGUUCUGUCGGCCGUGUGUUUCUCCAGCGUGUUUGAACGCUAUCUGAGCGACGAGCUCAAGCAGGACGAUCCUCCGGCUGAAGACACCUCUGACGAGGACAACAGGAGGAACCCUGGGAGUCUCUAUGAUAAGGCUGGUAAGCUGCGCAAGCAUCACGUGUGUGAAGAGGGUUUGGGAUCAAACAUCAGGAGUCUGGUGAUCGUCCUCCUGCUGCUGCUGCUGCUGAUGUUCACCGUUCACUGCACAUGGGUCACCAGUAACGCUUAUUCCAGUCCCAGUGUUGUGCUGGCGUCAUACAACCACGACGGAUCACGCCGCAUCCUGGAUGAUUUCAGAGAGGCGUACUAUUGGCUGCGGCUCAACACAGACCAACACGCGCGUGUCAUGAGCUGGUGGGAUUAUGGGUAUCAGAUCGCAGGCAUGGCCAACAGAACCACGCUAGUGGAUAACAACACCUGGAACAACAGCCACAUCGCACUGGUGGGCAAAGCCAUGGCGUCCAAUGAGAGCGUGGCGUAUGACAUCAUGAGGCUGCUGGACGUGGACUAUGUGCUGAUCAUCUUCGGAGGGGUGAUAGGAUACUCGGGCGAUGACAUCAACAAGUUCCUGUGGAUGGUGAGGAUCGCCGAGGGAGAACAUCCCAGAGACGUGCGGGAGAGUGAUUUCUUCACGCCGCUGGGAGAGUUCAGGGUGGAUAAAGCCGCGUCUCCAGCGCUGCUCAACUCUCUGAUGUACAAGAUGUCCUACUAUCGCUUCGGAGAGAUGCAGCUGGACUUCAGGACUCCUCCAGGAUUCGACCGAACACGAAACGCCGAGAUCGGAAACAAGGACGUGAGGCUGAGGCACCUGGAGGAAGCCUUUACCUCCGAGCACUGGCUCGUCCGGAUCUAUAAAGUCAAAGAUCCGGAGAACCGGCAGCCGCUGGAGCGCAAACCUCGGGUCACCAAUCACACACACACACACUCCAGGAAGGGCUCCAGGAGGAAACGAGGAUUCAUUAAAAACAAACUUGUUCUGAAGAAAGGCCGAAGAUUGAGCCGGAAACUGAAGCGAACUGGACUAGACUGAACAGAACCGGAUCAAUGAAGAUGAAGACCGACGGUUUGAUUUCAGCUGGUGCUCUGAUGCUCUAACGCUGGUUAUUAUCUUUAUUUCACUGCUUCAUGCUUGAAUACGUGUUUGAUAUGACUGAGAAUGACAGAGGGGAAGGUUAACAACAACUUUUUAGACAUUUUAGAUGAAAUCUGAAGGAGAAUGAAGAUAUUAAACCAAAGAUCUCAUGUUCUCCUCGCAUGAAGCAUUUACACUUGAAAGUGACAAAAUAUUGGGGCCUAAAAUGUAAGAUUUCUGUAUUUGAAUUGCAAAUAAAAAUGGAGUACACAGUUUAAACAAAACACGAUAAAUAUAAAGUGAUUCAUAUUUGGCAGUAAUGAAAUCUCAGAUUUCUUACUGUAUUAUUGCAUCUAUUGAUUUUAUUGAAAUAAUCAUUUUCAAAGUGUUUUGUGAAAACAAUUUAAUUUAUUUAAAAACAAAAUGCGUAUGGUUAAAAUAUGAAACAAUAUUCAAUUAGUUCAAACAAAUCAGAUUGAUUUCUGAUAAUUAUAUAAACCUGGCAUUGUGUAUUUAAAACACAUUCAGUUCAUUAGUACGAUUACAGAAAUCUUGACCGGUUUCAUUUAUUAUGACUGACAUUAAAUAUGCAUCACAUUAAGUUGAUUCGUUUUUGUUAAUACUAUGUAAUCCAAAUAAAUGGACAUUUUAUAUGCAAUCAAAUACUGAUAUUUCUUUGUGAAUGUGUUUUGUUUCGUUUUAGUAUGCAAUAAAUCGAUGCAGUAAUUAUCGGGACUUUUUCCUGUAACUGUGAAUUGAUUUUCUUUUUGUGAUAAUUGUACAAGAAUGUUUUCCAUGUGAUGUAUAACUCAGAUUUUAUAGUAGAGUUUUGUAUGCACAAACAGAUGGAGAUCUGAUCUCGCCGUCACUGAUCUGAUGCUGCUUCAGUCCUCAGACUUCAACUCUGGCUGGAUUUUUAUAGUCUAUAACUCUGUACUGAUUCCUUUUAU